AUGACCGCCUCCAAGUCCCCUUCAUCAGGACACAAAGUCAAUGUCCUCUUCGUCUGCCUGGGGAAUAUCUGCCGCUCCACCAUGGCAGAAGGAGUCUUCCGCAACAUGGCAAGCACCCAUCCAUUGAUCAAUGAGAUCGAUUCCGCAGGCACAGGAGCCUACCAUACCCUCGAGCCCCCCGAUUCGCGCACCAUGUCCACCCUCCGCCGCCACGGCAUCACAAACUACGACCACGCGGCGCGGAAGAUCACCAAGGAUGACUUUUUGCACUUUGACUAUCUCCUCGCGAUGGACAAAUACAAUUUGCGGGAUUUGCUGGAUGUGCGCGAAUCGGUUGUUGCUUCGUUGCGGAAGUCCGGAGGUGCCAAGGGUACCCGGGCGUCGAUCGGAGAUGCCGGCGCGAAGAUUGCGGAGGUGAGGUUGUUUGGUGAUUUUGGGCCGGGCGGUGUUCUCCAUGACCGAGUUGGUGGAGGAGAGGUCGUGCAGGAUCCUUAUUACGGCGGUGUUAAUGGAUUCGAGGAGGUUUAUCAGCAGGUUGUGCGGUUUUCUAAGUCCUUUUUAGAGUAUUUGGAGAAGAAGCAGGGCUCUGAAGUUGAGGAGUGA